AUGGGUUACCUCAAGUUGCUGGUGAUGAAGGACUUCAAGUCGUGGCGGGGGCAGCAGGUUAUCGGCCCUUUCAUGAGGUUUAGCUGCGUCAUCGGGCCCAAUGGAUCAGGAAAAUCCAACAUAGUGGAUGCUGUUAGUUUUGUGAUGUGUGAAAAGGCAUCUAAUUUGCGAGUUAAAAGUGUUCGAGAACUUAUUCAUGGAGCGCAUGUUGGAAAACCAGUUUCUUCUACAGCUAGUGUGAAGAUAGUAUAUUGUGAAGAAGAUGGGGAAGAAAAAACAUUUUCAAGAGUUAUCCGUGGUAGUUGUUCUGAAUUUUUUUUCAAUGAUAAACCUGUCAGCCGAUCUACUUACAUAUCUGAGCUUGAAAAAGUAGGCAUACUUGUCAAAGCUAGGAAUUGUCUUAUUUUUCAGGGAACAGUAGAAUCAAUUGCAAUGAAGAAGCCGAAGGAGAGAACUCAACUUUUUGAACAAAUCAGUAAUUCAUGGGAAUAUGCUGAAGACUAUGAACAAAAAAAGAAGAAAAUGCAGAAAGCAGAAGAGGAUGCGCAGUUUAAUUAUAACAAGAAAAAAAGUGUUGCAGCUGAACGCAAACAAGCAAAGAUAGAGAAAGAGGAGUUGGAGCGCUAUAAAGAGCUAAAGGAAAUAGCAAGAAAGAAAGUAGCUACACUAACCCAGCAGCUAGUAACACUUCGUUGGGAGGAAAAAGCAGAUCAAGAAAGGCUGAAACUUAAUCGAAAGAAGAAACAAGAAGUUGAGGGAAACAUAAAACAGACUGUGGAACAGAUAGAAGAGCAUAAAAAACGAAUAGAGAAGUUGGAAGAAUAUGCCAAGAUAUGCACUGAAUCAUUAGCAGAGAAAAAACAGCAAGAGGAAAUGCUAACUAAGGAAAUUGAAAAUUCAACAGUACGAAUGGCUGAAGUCAAUGAAGAAUUGAACAAAGUAGUUGGUGAACUACAGAAUGCCAAAAUUGAUUGCCAUGAAGGAAGGCGUCAGCAAAUGAGAGCAGAGAUCCUGGAAAGUCUCAAAAGACUGUAUCCGGAUUCUGUGUUUGGAAGACUGCUCGACCUGUGUCAUCCUAUUCAUAAAAAAUACCAGCUUGCUGUUACCAAGGUAUUUGGCAAAUACAUGACUGCUAUCGUUGCUGCUACUGAAAAAACAGCAAGAGAUUGCAUUCGGUUCCUAAAACAAGAACGAGCUGAACCUGAAACUUUUCUUGCUUUGGAUUACCUUGAUGUUAAACCAAUCAACGAAAAGUUAAGAGAGAUAAAAGGAGCUAAAAUGUUGGUGGAUGUUGUACAAACUCCAUUUGCUCCACUGAAAAAAGUGAUUCAGUUUGUGAGUGGGAAUAGCUUGAUCUGUGAAACAGUUAAAGAAGCAAAAAAAAUAGCAUUUGAUGGACCAGUAAGGUUGAAAACAGUGGCUCUUGAUGGAACUUUAUUUUUGAAAUCUGGAGUGAUUUCUGGAGGAUCAAGUGACUUAAGAUUUAAAGCUAGAUGUUGGGAUGAUAAAGAAAUUAAUAAAAUGAAAGAAAGAAGAGAUAGCUUGAUUAAUGAGUUAAAGAACUUAAUGAAGAUCAAACGUAAGGAGGCUGAUUUGAAGCAGUUGCGUGCUCAAUGCCACGGAAUUCAGACACGACUUAAAUAUUCACAGACUGAAUUAGAGCUUAUUAAAAAGAAACAUCUCGCUAAUCUCUACACGGAAAAAUCAAAACUGGAAAGUGAACUUGUAAAUAUUGAGUCUCAGCAUGAUAUGCUGAAUGAAGGAGUAGCACAAAGAAGAGAAAAAAUAGAAGAAUUUCAGAAAAAAAUUAAUGAGGCUGAAGAUGCUGUGUUCCAGGAAUUCUGUGAAGAAAUUGGGAUAGAAAAUAUUCGUGUGUAUGAACAAGAACAUGUGAGGCAACAAGAGGAGAUUGAUAAAAGAAGAGUCGAGUUUGAAAAUCAGAAGACACGACUAAAAGUUCAGCUGGAAUAUAGUCGUGAUCAUCUACAAAAAUUAACAAACAGAGUCAGCAAGUUGAGGGAGACCAUUGAUAAAGAUGAAGCUGAGAUUAUCGGGCUACAGAAGGAUGAGGAAAAGCUUCUAAAAAAAGUGAAUGGAAUUGUGGAGGAGCAGCAACAUCUUAAGGAUAGAUUAAGUGCUCAUAAAUCUGAGGUUAUAAAGACCCAAAAUGAAAUUGAAGAGUUCAGAAAGACAUUGUUAACUCUUAAUAGGGAAACUACAAAAUUACAGAAGGAAGCUACAGCUAUAGAAACCGCUCUGGAAGAGAAAAGAUUAAGACGACAUAAUAUGCUUCUUGAAUGCAAGGUGCAGGACUUGAAAAUAAAACUCCUGUCUGGAUCACUGGAUGACAUCAGUGAAGUAGAGCUAGGAACUGAAACAGAAGGCACUCAGACUACAUCAGGUAUCUAUGAAAGGGAAGAAGCAAUUCAGAUAGACUACAGCAGCCUAGCAGAAGACCUGAAGGACCUAGAAUCUGAGAAAGAUAUAGAGGAUCAUCUGAAACAGAUGCAGCAGGAAAUAAAAUUUAAAGAGAAUACUUUAAUCAAGACAGCUGCUCCAAACCUGAAAGCAGUAGAGAAAUUACAGAUAGCUCGGGACAAAUUCCAAGAAUCAAUAGAUGCUUUUGAGACCAGCAGAAAGGAGGCCAGAACACGCAAGAAAGAAUUUGAACAAGUGAAAAAAAAGAGAUAUGAGCUUUUUAGCCGGUGCUUUGAGCAUGCCUCCAUAGCUAUUGAUCAGAUCUACAAGAAACUUUGCAGAAACAGUAGUGCUCAGGCAUUCCUUACUCCUGAAAAUCCUGAGGAGCCUUAUUUGGAAGGCAUUGGCUUUAACUGCGUGGCUCCAGGAAAACGCUUUAUGCCAAUGGACAAUUUGUCAGGAGGUGAAAAAACUGUGGCAGCUCUGGCUCUUGUGUUUGCUAUACACAGUUUUCGGCCAGCACCUUUUUUUGUUUUAGAUGAGAUAGAUGCUGCCUUGGAUAACACAAACAUUGAUAAAGUAAGUUGGUCCCUUUCACCUCAGCCUUUUAUUGACAAUAUAAUGAUAUCUUUUGCAGAAGGAUGGCUACUUUCAUUAUAGGUUGAUGGGAUAAAGAGAUUGAUUACACUGUCUUAACCUGUUUUAAAAUAUUACUGGGAUUAGGAUGGAAAUAGUGGUUGUAUGAGAUGUUAGACUAGGGCUAGGUUUAAAUUCAUAAAUCUAAAUGUGUUUUAAUCAGUUCCCAAACUCUGAAGUUGAGAAAAAUGGGUCAGGAGCGCAAAAGAAUGCUGCAUAACCACGUGGUGCAAUCUGACAUGAAGGUUACUCGUGAAUUGCUGGUUGGGGUUCGUUGGUUGGACUUUUUAAGGCCUUUAAGUUCCCCUACCUCUAAGAAACAGAA